UGGAAUUUUAUUUAUGUUAGAAAGAGUCAGAACAAUAAUCAUCAUAUUUCGGUGAUUUAAUUUUGCAAAUAAUCAUUAUCGCAACGCAUCAAGCAUGAAUAUUCAAAUGAUAUAAAUAUGAGGGUUUUAGGGAAAAGAAUUUAGUUAGUUUCGCAAUUUUACAAUAGGAAAUGGAACUAUUUGGUAUAUAUUUAAUAUUAGCCACGGCAGUUGUUGUCCAAGGAUACAGAAAAUUUGGACUCAAUUGUGAGGAUAUUGCCUGUAUAUCUGGUAAAAAAUGCAUUGUAUCCAGAGUUCCCUGCGAAAACCCCGAUCAGCAAGAAGGAGAGCAAUGUGGAACCUAUCCGGAGUGCCAAUCAGCUUCUCUGGGGGAAACGAUGACGGAUCCCGAGAUGAAUUUAGAUGCGACAUUCUCACAAUUUCACAAUCGAUCGGCACGACAGAUUCCUAUGCGUCCCAUGCCAGGAGGAAUGCCAAUGCCAGGAGCGAUGCCGUAUCCUGGACCUGUUCCAAUGAAUGUACCAGCUCCGGGACGUGCGUAUUAUCCCUCGUAUAUGGGACAACCUUACAUGGGACAACCGUACAUGGGACAGCCGAUGCCUGGACCCAUGCCAGGUGCCAUGCCCAUGAUGCCAAUGAUGCCCCAGGGAGGUGGAACUAUGGGUGGUACCAGCAUAAUUGUGGAGCCCUUGGUAAUCCUGCCAAUGGGCAUUGGGGCAGGCACGGGUACGGGCGUGAAUCCAAAUCCAUAUUACGGAGCAAAUGGGGCUUAUCCCACCUACAACAAUUACAAUCCCUACAACACGUACACUACUGCACGACCGAACUACGACUAUAACAAUUAUAACAACAACAAUAAUAACUACCCGAAUUACAAUAACAAUACUGGCAAUAAUAACAAUUACAACGAUUACAACUCAUACGGUUAGAUUUCAAUUAAA